AUGCACUGGACCCCUGGUGGCAAGAGAGUGAGGGGGGAGACCCAAGGAGACCUGGAGAAGAUCGGUGGAGCGGGAGAUGAAACGCUGUCGGGAGGAGUUGGGGCCAGUAACAGUAGCUUCAACUCGAGCGGUGACACUUAUGUUUUCAUGCCAUGCACCACAAGUGACAAGAAGGACACAAGGAAAUCAACUCGUCAGACUGAGCCAGGCUUUAUUCAAAGCUGGCAGAGAGGGAAAUCCAUAACUGAAUGUCUGAAGUAUUCACUUCAGAAAGAAGUUCAUACUGACGUGAUAUUCAAGGUGGGGCAGUCACAAAAGAACAUGCAGGCGCACAAACUUAUACUGAGUUUGCGCAGCUGCGUGUUCGAAGCUAUGUUAAAGGGCCCAUUGGCAGAGCAGGAUAACAUAGUGAUACCGGAUGUAGAACCAGCCAUCUUUGAAGAAUUUCUGCAGUAUCUGUACACAGAUGAAGUCACGCUCACCGGUGACAAUGUAAUCGGCCUGCUGUAUGUAUCCAAGAAGUAUGACGUAAGUACCCUAGAACAGCUGUGUCUGACGUUUUUGUCGUCAUCGAUGACGUCAGACGACGCUUGCUUCGUAAUGGAGCAAGCGCAUCUUUACGAUGAAAUACAACUGAUGGAGAAGUCACUGAACUGUAUUUUAGAAAAUGGUGAUGCCGCUCUUAAGUCGGCUGGACUUAUCUCUCUCUGUCAUGAAUGUUUGGUUAAGAUUGCAAACAGGACAUACUUCAGGCAGAUGAGAAAUCGUAUCUUUGAAGCUGCCAUGAUUUGGAGUGAGAGCGCGUGCAGGAAACAAAACAAGGAUUUAAGUCCAUAA